GGUUGGACUCCUCCAUUGCGGACAUUAGUCUGGGGAGUAAAGCAUACGAGUCAUCCCAAUCACCGUAGACAUCAGCCAUGGCCUUCUGCUUCCCAUGCCACGCCUUCUUAUACCUUAUGGUUUGCCGGUGAUCCUGUGAAAGUAUGGUUGAGGAGCAACUGUGGUUGUUCUCUGCUGUCCGCAUGACCCAGACCCCCUUUCUCUUCAUAUAUGCAGCACGAAGUUGCCACAUACAACCCUCUCCAGCAUUCUUACAAAUGACAUGCAGUUGUCCCUUG